CCCCCCGUGUGGAAGGGGGUGUGUACAGCACUGUGCCCUCCAAUGUAAUGCCUAUUGCCUGGCUGUCAUGUCCCUCCUCUGGAUUCAGCGGCGUGAGAGGCAGCGAAGAGCCAUGUAGCGAGUAAUCGCUGUGGAUUUACACCUCCAGAGCUGUGCGCUUAUUCUGUAUAUCUCUGCUGAAACCUGGGGAUCAGCGUGACUGCCAGACAGGGAGCAUUUUCAGUCGGGGGUUGAUCCUUGAACAUCCGAUUCCGAAGCCACAUCUUGUAUUUUUCCCACAACCACAACCAUGAAAUCCGAAGACUUCUCGAAUAACAUCAGCAUCAGCACCGAGCUGUUUAACGGCGUGGGGUACACCGACCUCUCCAAGGACUCCGCGCCGCUGCCCAACAUCCCCGCUCAGCCGCCGGUGGACAGACCCCCGACCAAAGCCGCGGGCUGGAAGAGGAAAUGCGCAAGCUACGUCCUCGCCCUCCGCCCCUGGAGCUUCAGCGCCUCCCUCACCCCCGUGGCCCUGGGCAGCGCCUUGGCGUACCGGUCCGAAGGCUCGCUGGACUUUUUCGUGCUCCUGGCCUGCGCCGUGGCGGUCCUGGCCGUCCACGGGGCCGGGAAUUUGGUCAACACUUACUACGACUUCAGUAAAGGCAUCGACCACAAGAAGAGCGACGACAGGACUUUGGUGGACCAGAUUUUGGAGCCGCAGGACGUGGUGCGGUUCGGCAUGGUGCUGUACACGCUCGGGUGUGUGAGCGCCGCGUGUCUCUACUUCCUGUCCACGCUCAAGUUGGAGCACAUGGCCCUGAUAUAUUUUGGGGGCCUAUCUGGGUCUUUCCUCUAUACUGGAGGAAUCGGAUUCAAGUACGUGGCUCUAGGCGACUUGGUGAUCCUCAUCACCUUCGGACCCUUGGCGGUCAUGUUCGCCCACGCAGUCCAGGUCGGGUAUCUCUCGGUCACCCCCUUGCUGUAUGCCGUGCCGUUGGCAUUGAACACGGAAGCCAUCCUUCACAGCAACAACACCCGGGACAUGGAGUCAGACAGGCAGGCUGGUAUUGUCACCAUGGCCAUCCUCAUCGGACCAACCCUUUCCUACGUACUAUACAACCUGCUGGUCUUCUGCCCGUAUGUCAUCUUCUGCAUCCUGGCCACCCGUUACACCAUCAGCAUGGCCCUGCCGCUUCUCACCAUCCCAUUGGCAUUUUCCUUGGAGCGCCAAUUCAGGAGCCAAAACUUCGCUGGCAUCCCCCAGAAAACAGCCAAGCUCAACCUGUUUGUUGGACUUUUCUACUUGUUCGGUAUUUUGGUGGCACCCGCCGGAUCGCUUCCAAAACUCUAGUGGACAUUCAGUGACUUGCAUCGCACUGUAGUACAUUCUUCUUCACAAAGUUGCACUAAUUGCGUGUUUUGGGUUCUUGUGGCAGAUCGUAUCAUGUCUUACAGAGAGAAAAACUUGUCAUGGAAGAGUCACUCCAUCCAAGAAUUACUAAUAAAAAAAAAAAAAGGGGGAUGUAAAGCCGGUAUAAAUUUGUACUUCAUGUGAACGCCUUACACACCAAAAAACACACAUAUGGCAUUUUUUUCCCC